AUGAACGUGAAAACGGUGCUCGUCCUCCUGGUGCUGGCCUUAGCCACGAUCUUUGCUUUGGUCUGUGUGCUGCUGACCAGAGGAAAGGGCCCCAGCACCUGCCAGCACCAGCCACUGCAAGAGGAGGACAGCGAUGGUGGCCAGAGCCUGGUCUUUGCAGACCUGAGCCCCGAGGAGAUGGUGCAAGUGGUGCGGUACCUGCGGGGGAGCCUCGGGGUGCAGCUGGUCGAUGCCUCGAGGGCGAAGCCCUCCGACAACUGCAUCGCCUCCAUCGACCUGCAGGUCCCUGCCAAGGCAGAGGUGCUGCGGUUCCUGGAUGAGGGGGGGGCUCGUCCCCGCCGGGAGGCCCUGGCUGUGCUCUACUUUGGGAACCAGCCAGAGCCCAACGUGACUGAGUACGUGGUGGGCCCACUGCCCACGCCAGCCUAUCACCGGGACGUGACGGUGCAGAGGUACGGGGGGACGGUGCCGUACCACCGCAGGCCCGUUACUGGCAAGGAGUACAUGGACAUCAAUGCCCAUAUCCAGCAGGAGCUGAGGAAGGCUCCAAGAUUCCUCGCUGCAUGCUGUGACUCUGAUGGCACUGACCUGGCCAUCCUCACUACGGCCCCACGCGGUUUCAAGUCUGGUGACCGUGCAACCUGGUUUGUGCUCUUCCAGAACAUGCCUGGCACUGGGUACUAUCUGUCACCAGUGGGGCUGGAGGUGCUGGUGGACCACAGCAGCCUGGACAUCUCCCAGUGGGCUGUGAGCAGGGUCUUCUACAAUGGACAGUACUUGGCUGACGCAGGGGCUCUGGAGGAUGCAUUUGUGCGUGGCUUGCUGGAGGUCAUCAGGUUGGAGAAGCCUCAGGCUGAAGCAGUGCUGGGCUCAAUGAGACCCCGACAGCCACCAGGGUCACCAGCUCCACUGCAGUUUGAGCCCCAGGGUCCCCGCUACAGUGUGAGAGACAACCGUGUCACCUUCCAGGGCUGGAGCAUCGCCUUUGGCAUGAACCCAAACUCUGGUCCACGCCUCUUUGACAUCAGGUACCGUGGGAAGAGGAUUGUCUAUGAGCUGAGUCUGCAGGAAGCUUUAGCCUUGUAUGGCUCCAACUGCCCUGGGAGCAUGUCGACUCGGUACCUCGAUGGCAGCUUUGGCAUCGGCCGCUUUGCCUAUGAGCUUGUCCGAGGCCUCGACUGUCCCUACUCAGCCACCUAUGUGGACCGACACUAUCUGGUGGAGUCAGAGAGCCCCAAAACCAACCAAAACUCCCUCUGCAUUUUUGAGCACGAUGCUGCCAUUCCCCUCCGGCGCCACUUCUCCGACUCGCAGUCCCUGUACUACGGCGGGCUGCGGAGGAACGUGCUGGUGAUCCGCACCAUCUCCACCCUCAUCAACUACGACUACAUCUGGGACUUCAUGUUCCACAGCAGUGGGGCCGUGGAGGUCCGAGUGCAUGCCACUGGCUACAUCAGCUCCUCCUUCCUCCAUGGCCAAGGCACUGACUAUGGAAACCGAGUUGGGCCCCACACGCUGGGGACAAUGCAUCUCCACCACAUCCACUACAAGGUGGACCUGGACGUCGACGGGCAGAUGAACUCCCUGGAGACCCAGGACAUGGAGUACGAGCUCGUGCAAGAUCCCUGGAGCCAGCAGAACAGCAUGGAGCGGCUGUACCUCCGCAGGGGCAGGCUGCAGACGGAGGACGAGGCGGCGUUCCCACUCGGCGCUCCCAUGCCUCGCUACCUCUCCUUCGCCAGCCCUAACCUCAACAGGUGGGGCCAUCCACGCAGCUACCGCAUCCAAAUCGCCAGCUUGGCCGGGAAGCACCUGCCCACCAGCAGCCCCAUGGAGAGGGCCAUCAGCUGGGGCAGGUACCAGCUGGCUGUUACCCAGAGGAAGGAGGAGGAGCCCUCCAGCACCAGCAUCUACAACCAGAAUGACCCCUGGACACCCACUGUUGCCUUCGCUGACUUCAUCAACAAUGAGACCAUCACCAACGAGGAUUUGGUUGCCUGGAUCUCUGUGGGGUUUCUGCAUGUCCCCCAUGCCGAAGAUGUCCCCAACACAGUGACCGUUGGCAACAGCGUCGGCUUCUUCCUGAGGCCCUACAACUACUUUGAUGAAGAUCCCUCGGUGGACUCGCCUGAUGGGGUCUACUUCAGCAGUGAGCAGGACUCUGGAGUGUGUGGGACCAACCCCCUCGCCUGCUUGUCCCUCACUGCUGUUUGUGCCCCCCACCUGCCCCCAUUCCGCUAUAAGGGCUUCCUUAACCUCAGCCUGGCACCACUGCCUGGAGAGCUCUGACGGUGGCUGGGGAUGCCACCACCCUGUCCCCACCAGCGCAGGCAGUCCAUGCCAGCUACUGGCUGCGUGCUGAGAGGGGCUCUGCUGCCACAGCAGGACCUGCUCUCCGCAGGGCUGGGAUACCUGGUGCUCAGGCUCAGGUCUUUGGAAGAGCUCAGUUCUCGUUUCAGCACUGUGAUGCUACUGAAGGAUGCAAACCCUCUGAAAAACAGCCUCUAGGAAAGAUGUUUCGAGACUUCAUCCAGGAUGCCACCCAGACUGCUGUGGGGCGCUCAUGGCUGCUCUCCUUCUCUGGAACCAGGGUUCCUGCCACCUCCCUGAGGUAGGUUUGUGCACCCAGAGUCUUGGUGCUGGCCACUGCCAAAGUCAAUGCCAAGGUUUUGUCAAGGAUGGUGGGCACAGGCAGCUGUGGCCCAGCCUCAGCCCAGUGGGAGGCAGCAGCUCCAGAUGCCUGAGACGUCCACCUCUACUCAUGGCUGCUGCUGGAUCCAAGCCCUGGGGACCCGGAGCCUGCGGGAGCAGCACAGUGCACAGCUGUGGGACAGGCACUCCUCGGGCUGAGCUGCCUCAUCUUCACCUUUCCCCAAUAAACAGGCACUCAGGUGCUUUUUCUGACCA